UGGGUGGAGAUAACGCAUUGGGACCUUGCUUCGCCUGCCUACGAAUCGGCUAAUCUUUCCCCUUUCUCUUACUUCAUCGAAGGCCGGAGACGAGCUCCUCCCCGAGGAUUCACCGCCACCUCGGAAUUCCAGUACGCCCCACCGAAGCCAGUUCGUUGGUGGUUGUUGGUCCUUGCCUGCGCAGAAAACAUUUCUCUUCUUCCAGGAAUCAAGGUUUCCAUUUUCCUUGCAGUUUCUCUUUGGGUAGAUUGUGUUCGACGAAGAACGGAAGAGAAGUUUGGACGCUAUGGCUGGAUUGAAAUCUUCACGUUCGGAAACUGACCUUGAUCGCCCCAACAUUGAGGAGUACCUUACGAUGGAGACAAUUCGUGAAGCUCCAAAGAAGCUUCAUUUGUCUGACCUUUUAGAUAUUUCCCCUACCCUCACGGAAGCUGCGGGCGCCAUUGUGGAUGACUCUUUCACACGCUGCUUUAAAUCAAAUCCUCCAGAACCCUGGAAUUGGAAUAUCUAUUUGUUUCCAUUGUGGUGCCUGGGAGUAGUUGUACGAUACGGGAUUCUCUUUCCAGUAAGAGUUGGAGUUUUGGCUCUGGGAUGGAUAGUGUUCUUUUCAGCCUUCCUUCCAGUACAUUUCCUAAUAAGAGGACAUGAUAAAUGGAGACGCAAAAUCGAGAGGAAACUGGUUGAAAUGAUGUGCAGUGUUUUUGUUGCUUCAUGGACAGGAGUGAUCAAAUACCAUGGACCUCGUCCAAGCAUACGUCCCCAGCAGGUAUUUGUUGCCAAUCACACUUCUAUGAUUGAUUUCAUCAUCUUAGAGCAGAUGACAGCAUUUGCUGUUAUCAUGCAGAAGCAUCCUGGUUGGGUUGGAUUUAUCCAGAAGACCAUUUUAGAAAGUGUGGGUUGUAUCUGGUUCAAUCGCACCGAAGUGAAAGAUCGUGAAGUUGUUGCUAAGAAGUUAAGGGAACACACUCAAGGAGUUGACAACAACCCUCUUCUCAUAUUCCCCGAAGGAACUUGUGUAAACAACCAUUACACUGUUAUGUUCAAGAAGGGUGCUUUUGAACUUGGUUGUGCUGUCUGUCCUGUAGCAAUCAAGUACAACAAGAUUUUUGUGGAUGCCUUUUGGAACAGCAAAAAGCAGUCUUUUACGACGCACUUAGCACAGCUUAUGACAUCAUGGGCUGUUGUCUGCGAUGUGUGGUACUUGGAACCUCAGUACAUACGACCUGGCGAGACUCCUAUCGAGUUUGCUGAAAGGGUUCGAGACAUGAUCUCUGUUCGGGCUGGUCUCAAAAAGGUUCCAUGGGAUGGCUAUCUGAAGUACUUCCGCCCUAGUCCUAAGCUCACAGAACGCAAGCAACAGAUUUUUGCAGAAUCUGUGUUACAGCGUUUGGAGGAAAAAUAAAAUACCUUUGUAAAUUUACUCUUCGGUGUCUAUGUUUAUAGCGACUUCAACUUGGAAAACUCUUGCCCUCUGCUUCUCCAAAUUCCAUCAAUUCUUUGAUAGUAAAGACCAUUGAGAUGGCUAUUAGAGAUUAUUGGUAAGUAUUAGUUUAGGUAAUAUCAGGUCUUUGGCAUAGAUAAUGUCAAGCAAAUGGCAACAUGUUUGGGCAAAUAAUGGGUUGACUAAGAUGCAUAUUGAAUCAAUCAAAUUCAGAAUGAGUUAACAACUUGAAGAGUUUCCAUAUGGAUGACUGCUGACUUGUUGAGCCUGCUUGCCUUAAUAAUAGAGGCUGUUUGUUAUCA